GGGUCGGGCCCGCUCUUAAGUUUAGCUACAGAUCCUUGAAGAUUGACGUCGGGAUAUUCGGUUCCGUGACGGCGGAAUUCGGCUCCGUCGGCUGCGGAAACCCGAAUUUCUUCUUCACUUCUGGUCCAAAUCAUGAGAUUUUUCCGUUCGGAGGUCGAUGGGGACGGAGGAGGAGAAUGGAAGGAAGGAGACAGCGAUGGCGAAGACCGAUUGCAAUUUGGUUCAGUGUUUGUGGGGAAAUGAGAUGAAUGUUGCCAGAUCAUAAUGAUAGCCAUGGUCAGGAAGCACUUCUCUACUAAGGGAGAACUGAACCCGAUGGAUUCAACAAAGAGUUGGUUCCAAAAAUUCUAGCCCCAGAUUGGCUUAAGUCAUCCACGAGGAGGAAGGACUCAAUGGGCAGCGAACAUGAAGAACUGGAGGAAUAGCUAUCGGCCGAGUUCGAACCUCACGAAGCAGAGGGUUGCUGCCGCAAAGCAGUACAUCGAGAAUCAUUACAAGGAGCAGAUAAGGAAUCUUCAGGAGAAGAGAGAGAGGUAUGGUGCCAAUGCGCCAUUUGAACUUGUCCGUCAUUUUUUUGUAUCUUAAUUCUGUUGAGGGUGAAUUGUGGUUUUGAUGGGUUGUUAUUUGUUAUUGUUUGUGUUGUUUGACAUUUUCAUGCCCGUGUUUUGCUCAAAUUUAGAACAUAGUGAUUUGGCUUUUUGUUGACAUAGAGAACUUUCAUGGGGAAGACACUGGGGUUUGGCUGAAAAACUAGAAACCUGGUUGUCUUUUAGAAUUACGUGUAGCUUCUGGAUAUUGGUUUCUCUUUUACAAGUUACAUGUCUAUUGGGGGGAUAUAGCUUAGGUAAAUGUAAACCUUGAGGGGAUGUUUAUUACCACUUGUAAGGGCAUAUCUAUGAUCUUGUAAGACGAAAUAAGUUUGUGCAGUUGGAUUAAACCUCAGGGGAACUUUGUGAUUAUCUAUAAUCCCAUUCAUUUGGUAUGCUUCAUCUAAUUUUAUAUGCUCUUAUGCAUGGAGUUUGAUAGCAAUUUGAAUAGAUGAUACAAGAUGGUUCCACUGUUGGCAUCGUGUAUUUGAAUUUUUAUUAUAUGGCCAGGUCAUCCCUAUACUUAAGCUGGAUUGCCCAGCCCAGUAGUCGGGAUUAGGGUUGCCAUCUCAAAUUUUCAUCAGACGUUUGGGCGGGAAAACGAAAAGUUGGCAAUAAACUCACGAGACUCUGGCGGUGCCCUAAUUGAAGCACUUCCCCCUCUCACGACAGAGCACGCAGUGAGGAGAGACCUUGCGAGUGACAAUGGCGAGAAACGGCGAUGAAUCACCCAGAUCCGGCGCCGGGGCAGCGAACGAGAACCCUGCGUCCGCUGCAUUCAGUUCAGACCAGCUGCCGAUGAAUUCCAGUCAAAAUUACACGGACGACGACGGCGAAGCGUCUGUCGAGGCUGAAAUAAUCAGAGAUGAAGAAGAAGACAACAUCGACGACGACGAAGGAGAGGACCUCUUAAACGACCAAUUCAUGAAUGAUUUCCGGAAGAUAGGAAUGCAGGACCAGUACGAAACCUUGGGUCUGGAUGAUUCCAUGGAGGAUGUUAGGGAUAUGUACCAGAUUAUGGCUGACCGCAGAGCUGCUGAGAUCGAACUCGAUGCAAGACAACCUUCUCCUUCUCCCCGCAAGUAUCCCCACGACCAAGACACCAAUGAUGAUGAAGACAGGCUGCCAAUAAGAACUAGAGGUGACAGGCAGCCAGAUACUCCAUCCAGCAUGGAUGAUACUGAUGGGAUACCCAGAGAUGAUGUAUCCAUGACUGAUAUGGACGAUGAUGAAGAGAAUGAGGAAGGUGAGUUUGAGAUGUAUAGAGUUCAAGGAACCCUCAGAGAGUGGGUUACGAGAGAUGAAGUGAGGCGUUCCAUUGCCAAGAAGUUCAAGGAGUUCUUGCUUACUUAUGUGAAUCCAAAAUUUGAUCAUGGAGACUUUGAGUAUCUAAGGCAGAUAAAUGAAAUGGUGGCGGUUAACAAGUGCAGUCUGGAGAUUGAUUACAUGCAAUUUCUCCAUACCCACCCGAUCAUUGCAAUCUGGCUUGUAGAUGCUCCUUCGGUCCUCGAGGUUAUGGAAGAAGUUGCCAAUAAGAUUGUUUUCCAGCGGAUGCGCCUGCAAAAGCUUCUUUCCUUCAAGAGGCAUCAGCAGAUGCUGAUGGAGGGGACUGCAUGA